GCUCCUCUUGAGCCGUCCCGUGCGCUGCUCCACCUCCUCUCCGCCGAUCCGGGGGCGCCCCGACCGACCAGAGGGGGCGCCAGUGCAGCGACCAGGACACAUACCCGCAUCCGGCUUCCCACCCGCAGACGCGGCCAAUUGUCUCUGUAGGGACGCCCGACCAAGCCGGAGGCAAAACGGGAAUUCGAACCGGCGACCCCCGCGUUGACAUGGCCUCAGCUCCAGCACAGCAGCCCACCCUUACCGUUGAGCAGGCCAGAGUGGUGCUUAGUGAAGUCAUCCAGGCUUUCUCUGUACCAGAGAAUGCUGCGCGGAUGGAGGAGGCACGGGAGAGUGCCUGCAAUGACAUGGGAAAGAUGCUGCAACUUGUCCUUCCUGUAGCUACCCUGAUUCAACAAGAGGUUAUCAAAGCAUAUGGCUUCAACAAUGAAGGCGAAGGUGUCCUAAAAUUUGCAAGAUUGGUAAAGAUGUAUGAGACCCAAGACCCUGAAAUUGCAGCCAUGUCGGCCAAAUUAAAGUCCCUCCUCUUGCCACCACUCUCAACACCACCUAUAGGGGGAGCCAUACCAGCGUCUUAGGAAAUGUUUGCCGUUUGCUGAAUGGAUAUCAGAAUACAUGUGUCAACAGUGCAAAUGGUCUUCAUGGUGGCUUUGAUUCAGAAUUUUAAACCUACAAACUCUCCUACUGGCACAGUCAUUUUCAUGAAUCAAUAUGGGAAGAUUACUCACCGUGGUGGUAAUGUACAACCUGUGUGGUUGCACAUUAGUUUCAACUUUUAAUUUUCAAUAAAGACAAGAUUCACAUCAUGCCACAUUCCUUGUUCAAGUUAAAUCCAUUAUUGCGACUGCCAGGCCACCGUUAAUGUAAAUUGCUUUUUCAGUAUUUAUUUAUUACAUGUGACAUGCCAUACUUAUUACUAAGCAUUUUUUUUUGUUGAUGCCAUCUUUUAUACCAUUUUAUAUGCGAUUCAAUGUUCGUAAAUAUUGUUAGCCUUAAUUGGAUGUGUAUUAAAGUUCUUUGAGA